AUGGAUCCCAAAUGUCGAUUGCAGCAAGCAAGCCGGGAUAUACCAAACGUUACUUUGACCAAAUUCUCUGGAAAUCCAUUGGAUUACGCGGAUUUUAUCGAUCGUUUUAAGAUACAUAUCCAUGACAAACCCCACCUCACCGAUGACAUGAGAAUGAUCCAGCUGAAAAUGCACGUCAGUGGUGAUGCGGAAAGAGAAAUUUCGGGAUUAGGUUCGAAAGGAGUAAUGUAUGCGACUGCCUUGAAGAUGAUCAAAGAACAGUUUGGACAACCAAGCGUAAUUGCCCAUGCGUUAGUGAACAACGUCACCAAAGGAGAGAAAAUCCGUAGAAGUGACAGGAAGAAAUUGCGAGAGUUCUCGAUCGACCUUAUCAAUUGCAUGGCCACGAUGAAACGCAUUGGAUAUACAGCAGAUAUCAACGCCAACGAGAAUUUACGAAAGAUCAUCACACGCUUACCAGACCACAUGAUUGAAAGGUGGAAAGUCUUCGUGGCGGACAUUCGUGAGAAAGGUCAGACACCUACAGUCAGCCAUAUUAGUGAAUAUGUGAGAAAGAGAGUAAAAGCAGAGUUUGAUCCUGAUUUCGGCGACCUACAAAGAGAUUCGAGACCCCAAGAAGUGACCAUCCUCCACCGAGAAGAGGCAUAUAUGCUGCCGGUCGUGAUUCAAACAGAUCGCCAAUGA